AUGUAGAAUGCUGCUCCAGUUUAGGAUUCAAAAUUGUCACAGCAAGCCAUGUCUUUGAAAUCUAGUAAAAGUACAGCUAGUAAUUAUAAUGGUGGUGCAGUUCGUCUUAGUAAUCCCGACUUCGACAUCCUGGCCGGACUAAGUCAGCUGCAUAUCUCGAGGAGAGUCGAAAAAUUUACCAGAAUUGCAGGCAAUGAGUAUGCGUUCAUGUCUAGAGUUAAAAACUCAACGGGACAACAGAUCUUUGUGGCCUAUGAGAAGAGUACGUAUAGUGAUCGCACAUUUUUGGGCAAUUCGCGUCCCUUUGAAAUGCAUGUCUAUGAUAAUUUCAACCGUCAUGUGAUGCACUUGCAAAGGCCUUGUUCUUGUGCCGACGACAAUCCUGUAUUUCCGUGUUGUCUCAACAGAAUCAAUGUUUUCUGUCCAUUUGGCAGAACGUCAGCAUUGAAAGAGCACGUUGGCCGCAUACAGCAAAAGUAUUGGUCAUUUCGUUCAAAAUUCAAUAUAAUCAAUGGCCUGGGUAAAGUUUUACUUCAGAUUGUGGGACCCAAAAAGUAUUGUUGUUGCUGCCAGUGCACGGAUAAUCAAAGUUUUGCAUUGUUAAGCCCCGAUGGUGAUAACUUAAAUAUGGGCAAAAUAUUGCCAUCAACUUGGCAACAUUUCACUGAUGGCAACUAUUUCAUGGUCGAAUUUCCCCUGGACAUGGAUACAGUAACUAAGGCAUUAAUAUUGGCUGCCAGUUUUCUAAUCGAAAUUGUGUUUUAUGAAAAAAAUUAAGCUCCCACUUUUGGUAUAAUGAACUAAUUUUAAAAACUCA